UAUCUGGUACAAGAGUGGGAGCAUCAAACAGCCACCGUUAUUAUCUGACUGCCUUCUAAAAUUCACAUCUGGAGCCAUGGACAACGACCCACUGGUGUUCGCUACAAAUAUACAGGUCUUGGGUGCAAAGACCAGAAACAGGGAUUUUCUGCUCUGGCUUGGUGAAUUACUUGGCUUGAACUGGCUGAAAGAAAAAAAAGGGAAAGCGGACCCUGAGGCCAAGGGUAACAUUAUUCCUAAACUGCUUACAGCCUUUGCUUGCAGAUGUGUAGAAAUCAAUGACUUCGUAAGCUUGCAGGAACUUCUAGAGAGGGUGAACGUCGACAAUGCAGGCUAUGAUGGCUCCUCGCCUGUUCACAGGGCCUGUGAAAUUGGAAACAUCGGGAUGUUAAAGUACCUCCAUUCCAAAGGAACGUCCUGUAAUCUCGUUGACCGCAGGGGAAAUACUCCAAUGACCCUUGCCGUCAAAAACAGAAAACUUGAUACUGUGAAGAUGUUGCAGAUUUUUGGAGGAUCUGUAUUCUGUGAACCUGUAAGGAUCGGCAUUGAGCUUUGCAAGGCUGUUCGAGAGAGGGACUACAUGAUGCUAAAGGCCUGGAGCCUUGCCGGCGUGGAUAUGGAUCAGGCUGAUUACAACGGAAGGACAGCCAUGCACACGGCAGUCCGGAACAGGGACCCAGGCAUGGUGUCCAAACUGCUGGAGCUUGGAGCUACCCCUCUGGAGCUUGACGUGUGGGGUUGGAAAGCAGUUGAUGAGGCAAAGAAACACCAUCUAACGGACAUCCUGAUGCUGUUUCACCCACUCUUCACCGAGAAGUUCACCACCAGCCACUUAUUCCAGCUCUACAGGGAUAGCCUGGAAGCUGGGCUGGAAUAAAUCUUCCUUUCUUAAAUUCAUCUCUACACAGCUGAUUGACACAUUUGGCUGUACAGUAAAUAUGGUAGCAAAAAAUAUGAUAAUUCUCAUAUAUAGUCAAUGGUAUAAAAAAAUAUUUUCUUCAAAGGUCUCAGAAACAUGUUUUCAAUGAAAUAAGCAUUUUCAGCAAUAUAUCAAUAUGGAAAAAAAACCCUGAAUAAAUACAUUUUUUCCAAA